AUGGUUCGCUACGCUGCGACGGAGAUUGCUCCCGCCAAGUCGGCCCGCGCUCGCGGUGCCUACCUGCGCGUCUCUUUCAAGAACACCCGCGAGACGGCCCAGGCCAUCAACGGCUGGAAGCUACAGCGCGCCCUUACCUUCCUCGAGAACGUCAAGACCAAGACCGAGGCCGUCCCCAUGCGCCGGUACGCCGGCAGCACCGGUCGGACCGCCCAGGGCAAGCAGUUUGGUGUGACCAAGGCUCGCUGGCCCACCAAGUCUGCCGAGUUCCUGCUCGGCCUGCUGAAGAACGCUGAGGCCAACGCGGACGCCAAGGGCCUGGACACCAGCAACUUGGUGGUGAAGCACAUCCAGGUCAACCAGGCCCCCAAGCAGCGGCGGCGGACGUACCGUGCUCACGGUCGGAUCAACCCCUACAUGUCGAACCCAUGCCACAUUGAGCUCAUCCUGACCGAGGCCGAGGAGACCGUCGCCAAGGCUGAGGUCGUUGGCGCAAACGAGCACCUCAGCUCAAGACAGCGUGGCGUGCGCGUCCGCAAGGCCCUGACUGCCGCAUAA